GAGCAAGUCAAGUUCUACCUUUUUUUUUUUUGAACUGGUCAAGUAAAAGACUUCACAAACAUUGAAAGAGAAAGAGCUGAAGAAGCAAGCAAAAAAGCAAAAAAAAUUCGAAAAAUCAGAAAUGGAUCCUCAGCUCUGGCACAAAGUUGCAGCUGUCUCUGGUGUAGCUGCUCUAGGGUUGGGAACAUAUGGCGCUCAUGGUUUCAAGCCGCAGAAUCCUUCCUACAGCGAUGUGUGGCGUACAGCAAAUUUGUACCAUUUGGUUCACACAGCUGCUCUGCUAGCCGCUCCUAUUACCUCCCACCCUAAUAUUUUUGGAGGCCUUUUGACUACUGGAAUCCUGGCAUUUUCGGGGACGUGCUAUGCCGUUGCAUACCUAGAAGAUCGAACGUAUUCUCGGUUGGCCCCCUUUGGAGGAUUUGCCUUCAUUGGUGCUUGGGCAAGCUUGAUGUUCUGAGCAGUUUCAUCUCUCAAAAUAACAUGUUGUAAUUGCUAUUGCUAUUGAGAAUAUGCCUGUUUGCAAUAAACUUUGUAUACUGCUUUUUAGCUAUAAUAUAAAGAAUAAAAGUUAUUUCUUUCAA